CGACGCUGUACCGAGAGGGCGUAACUGGCCUAAAUAGCGCGAAUAGCGCUAUUAGCGCUAUGGGGAGCUAUUACACUACCUAGACCACUAAACCACUAGACACAUCUAACUCUCAACAUGAGUUUGGUUUCCUCCUAUUCUACAGUAAGAAAACCCUAAAUAAAGAUAAAUAAAGAUGUCGCUCUCUCUAUUGAGAGGAUUCUCUCACAAUCCAUCGAGACUCUAUAAACCACCAUGACUGAUUAUCGCCGACCCAUUUACUUCAACUCAAACGCCCGUUCGUGGGUGGCGCCUCGGUCUACUUCCAGCAACUUGGUUAGGAAAUUUCAUCAGCAGUUGCCGAAUUAUCAACCAACAAGGCUUCUGAGAUUGGGUGAUGUGGCGAAGGAACUAGGAGUUCGGGAGGUUUUUCUAAAAGAUGAAAGCAGCCGGCUUGGGUUAUCUUCAUUCAAGAUCCUCGGUGCUUCGUGGGGCACUUUUCGAGCCAUUACUCGUGAACUCGAUCUGUCCCUAAAUAUAAAUCUAGAGACGAUGAAAGAAGCCCUUGCUUCUAAACCAUUCACAUUGUACGCUGCAACGGACGGGAACCAUGGUCGAGCGGUGGCUCGUAUGGGAGCUAUUUUGUCCCUACCCGUUGAGAUACACGUUCCUGCGCAUUUAGACGUUGCUACAAUCGAGUUAAUUCGAACUGAGGGAGCAAAUGUCGUGGUAUCAAAGGGUGAUUAUGACGCCGCCAUCGAUGACGCAGAGACCGCCACCAAGUCGAAAGGGGGGAUUCUUAUCCAAGAUUUCUCCUUUAAAGGUUAUGAGGAGAUUCCACAGUGGAUUAUCGACGGAUACGAAACUACUAGGUAUGCUCUUAGAAAUCGAUGAAGAACUCGGGGAUAUUGCCGCAGACCUUGUGAUUACACCAGUCGGAGUUGGGUCCUUUGCACAUGCCGUCGUCUCCCACUACAAAAGUAAAGCGGUCCCCUCCGCGGUUCUUGCAGUGGAGCCUGAUACAGCAGCUUCCCUUUGGAAAAGCUUGAAGAGGGGGAAAGUGCAACCUGAGGAAACAACUUACACUACCAUGGCGGGUUUGAAUUGCGGGACUGUAUCCUCCAUCUCUUGGCCGCUCCUUCAAUCCGGUGUAGAUGCCAGCCUGACUAUCUCAGACUACGAAGCUCACACAGCUUCCGUCUAUCUUAACGCGCAGGGUAUAUCGUCAGGUCCAUGUGGUGCUUCGACACUCGCUGCCCUCCGCCGACUAGACGCCUCGGCCAAGACGAAAUUAGGAUUAAAUCACAAUUCGGUUAUUAUGCUCCUCUCCACGGAGGGCGCCCGCGAUUACGACAUCCCUCUAGACGUUUCUCCUGAUGAUCCUGUUACCUUAACGCAGAUUUUAGUCCAAAUAAAUUCUGCGAACCCCUCGUUAGGAUCGGUGCCGGGGCCAGGCGAGACAGGUAUCGCUCGAUACAUAGCAGCAUGGCUAGAACAUCGCGACAUAGAGACCCAUUGGAUAGAGCCUACCAAGGGACGACCAUCGAUAAUCGGAGUUGUUCGAGGCUCUGGCGGAGGUAAAAGCCUUAUGUUUAAUGGGCAUAUCGAUACGGUAACGACUAUCGGAUAUGAAGGCAACCCUCUCGGCGGAGAAAUUAACGACGGAAAACUCUACGGUCGCGGAGCGGCAGAUAUGAAAUGCGGAAUAGCUGCCGCCCUAACCGCCCUCGCAAGCGCUAAAAAGCUUGGUCUUCGUGGCGAUGUCGUCUUCGCCGGAGUAGCAGACGAGGAAGCCGAAAGUAUCGGUACGGAACAAAUACUGCAAGCCGGCUGGAUAACCGACGCCGCGAUCGUAAGCGAGCCUUCGAAUCUUAAUAUUGUCCACGCACACAAGGGUUUCGUGUGGCUCGAAGUUGACAUACACGGCCUUGCCGCACAUGGCUCCCUUCCGGAACUUGGUGUUGAUGCCAUCUCCAAAGCUGGCUAUUUCUUAGUAGAGCUAGAUCGAUAUGCUCAACGACUGCGUGAAUCUACGAUCGGCUCCGACGUCGGACCACCCAGCGUCCACGCCUCGAUCAUUAAAGGGGGCGAAGAAGCUUCUUCUUACCCCGCUCUAUGUACCAUUGUUCUAGAGCGUCGCACCGUUCCCGGCGAAACUCCCGAGACGGUGAAGACAGAAAUCCAAGCCUUGCUCGACAAAGUCGCAAAUGACAUCCCGAACUUCCGGUCCGAUUUAAGAGUCACCUUCAGCCGAUCCGCCUUUUCGAUCCCGCGAGACGACCCGUUCGUUUCCCUCGUAAGCGAUGUGGUUGGUCAGGCUCUUGGAACACCACCCACAUUCCGCAAGGACCCCUAUUGGACGGAUUGCGCCCUAUUUGCGGAUGCCGGAAUCUCGCCGAUUCUUUGGGGGCCGCAUGGAGAAGGCCUUCACGCGAAGGAAGAGUGGGUCGAUAUUAACUCCAUAAGAAUAGUUUCGAAAGCAUUGACGGAAGUUGCUAGUCAGUUUUGUAGGUAGAUUGGGUUUAUUUGUAAUAGUUUUCGUUAUUCAGAACUUAACUUAGUCAAUAAGGGGUUUGUAAUUGCAUAGUCUAUAUUGAAACACACAAUAAAAUCCGAUAUAUGAU